AUGUGGCAAGCUCGCUACCUUUUGCGUCGAGGCGAGAUUCGCCUGCGUUCUGAGCAAGAGAGGCUCGAGUAUCUCGUUCUGCGCCGCCAAGCGGAGCUCGAGAGGGCGCAAGGCGGCGUCUCCCCUGGCUGGCGACGAUUGGCUCGUCUCAAACGGCACCGUUUGAGGAACGCGUUGAGAUGGGCGAGGACGAAAUUAUUGAAGGUCGACCGCGACGCCUCGUAUUCCACCAGCAGCACUACCCGGACAGGAAUACCGACCGACUGUUCUCCUACGACGUCCAAGACGGCCAGGAACGUGUCGUCUCCUCUCACUCCAACAAUGGCCCAAACAGUCUCCACUUCUUCCACGCCCACCACGGCUCCGACGGUGUCCUCGCCAAUCAUUACAACCACGGCCACCAUCCAGCCGGUUAAGGAAAAUCGACACGAAAUGCCCCUCGACAAGAACGAGACGAGUUUCUGGACCCGGAUUCUACUGCUCGGAUGUGCCGUGUUCCCAUGUUGCCGGAAGCUACCCAUUGAAGAAUGUGCUGUACCCGACGAUGUCGAGGUGUUGCCCCGAACUACCGUCAUCGAUGAAAAAGAAAAGCAUCCAGAAAAUGCCCCCAAGCUGCUGCAACCCGAUGCAUCUAAUGACCAGGAGCGAAAGAAGCAGCUGAAGGAGGUGCCGCAUACGAGUGCUAAAAAGAAGAAGAAGAAUAAAAGGGCCAGAAAGGAAAGGAGGAAGGAUAAAGAACACAAGCCGGAAAAGGGCACCGACAAGAAGGCGAAGAAUAGGAAGAAAAGGAAGACAAAGCAUAAGGUCCGGGCUGCGGUGUCGUCAGAGAAAUUUACGGGUCCCGCUCCCCUCUAUGACGAGGCGCGAAUGGCGAACACCGACCUCGACAAGUCCGAGAUGCUCUUUGAGGGAAAAUCGGCCCCCAGCUACGACGAGCCGACCGACUGUUCUCCUACGACGUCCAAGACGGCCAGGAACGUGUCGUCUCCUCUCACUCCAACAAUGGCCCAAACAGUCUCCACUUCUUCCACGCCCACCACGGCUCCGACGGUGUCCUCGCCAAUCAUUACAACCACGGCCACCAUCGAGCCGGUUAAGGUUGAGCAAGAGUACGGAAUGCAAUGCCUGGAAAAUCGACACGAAAUGCCCCUCGACAAGAACGAGACGAGUUUCUGGACCCGGAUUCUACUGCUCGGAUGUGCCGUGUUCCCAUGUUGUCGGAAGCUACCCAUUGAAGAAUGUGCUGUACCCGACGAUGUCGAGGUGUUGCCCCGAACUACCGUCAUCGAUGAAAAAGAAAAGCAUCCAGAAAAUGCCCCCAAGCUGCUGCAACCCGAUGCAUCUAAUGACCAGGAGCGAAAGAAGCAGCUGAAGGAGGAGCCGCAUACCAGUGCUAAAAAGAAGAAGAAGAAUAAAAGGGCCAGAAAGGAAAGGAGGAAGGAUAAAGAACACAAGCCGGAAAAGGGCACCGACAAGAAGGCGAAGAAUAGGAAGAAAAGGAAGACAAAGCAUAAGGUCCGGGCUGCGGUGUCGUCAGAGAAAUUUACGGGUCCCGCUCCCCUCUAUGACGAGGCGCGAAUGGCGAACACCAACCUCGACGAGUUCGAAAUGCUCGUUGAGGAACAGCCGGCCCCCAGCUACGACGAGGCGUGCAUGAUCGAAAAUCCGGAUGGUCGCGUGCAAGCUGCAGGAGAUGCCCGCCGCAAGAAGGAUUACGACAAAAAGACUCGUCGAGCGAUUCGGGAGGGUCGAUACCUUGGAGGGCAUGGCAAGGUGUCGAAAGAAGAACUUGAGGAGAUAGUAGAAGGCCACAUAUGGAAGGCGCGGUUCAUCUCGUUGGAAGCUAAAGCAUUGGCUGCAGCCGCAGACAAAAUUGCCGACGAGAUGGAGAUUUAUGAGCAGAAACUGGCCGGCCGGAAAGAAAAAAUUGCGUCAUUGAAGGAGCAGUUACGAAACAAGGAGAAGGAACUUCGGCGGAAAACCGGAAAGCGGGAGCUGGACGACAUCGACGAUUUCGUCAUAAAUGAGUACCUCCCUACGCCGAUAACCGCUACAUCAUCGCCCGCGACGCCGCUGUGUCGCGACCCUCAACACAUCUUUCCACAACAGAAGAUCACCGACCCGCCGGCCCGGACUGACAACAACGGAACCGCACCUCCCUCUUCUCCAGGGAUCCGCACAGCUACCCAACUCAACUCGACGCCGAUCCUCACUGCCGCUGCUCGGAACCCCCAGAAUCACCAUCCGACUGCCGCCGUCGUUGCUACUGCUCCGGGAAGCCGGCCGAACAAGAAU